AUGGCCAGCUGCAACACUGAGAGCCCAUCAGCCUGGACUUUGGCCUCCUCUGCCAUGGAAGGCUUGUGCUCCAUGCCUGAAGAGGGCAAUCCAGAGGAAAGGUUCUUGCACUCCGCUCUGCCCUGGGAAGACCCUGCCCUGGGCAAGGAAGCCCCAGAGGUGGGGGCAGCAGCUGCAGAGGGGGUUGCGGACAGGGAAGCGGAGGGCCUGGGAGAAGACCUGGGCAAGAAGGCAAAGAAGAAAAAGAAGAAGUACCAUCGCCACCCCAAACCGCCUUACACCUACCUGGCCAUGAUUGCACUGGUGAUUCAGGCCUCCCCAGACCGGAGACUCAAGUUAUCCCAGAUCAUCAAGGAGAUCAGCACCCUCUUCCCUUUCUUCAAGGAAGGCUACCAGGGCUGGAAGGACUCCAUCCGCCACAACCUCUCCUGCAACGAUUGCUUCCACAAGGUGCUGAAGGACCCCACAAAGCCCAAGGCCAAGGGGAAUUUCUGGACCGUGGACGUGGCGCGCAUCCCAGCUGAGGCCCUCAAGCUGCAGAACACGCCCAUCUCCCGCCAGGAGAGAAUCUUUGCCGUCGACUUGGCCCCGUAUGUGUACAACAGCUGGCCCUUGCUGCCUCCCCACAACGUGGUUCCCUCUGAGGAGAGCACAGGCCUGACCACAGGGCAGGGAGAGGCCCGGCAGAACAGCCCCUUCAGCAUUGACUCCUUGCUGAGCGACUUCCAGGACGUGGACCUUUGCGGGAAGCCCAGGACGUUCGCUGUGCCGCCACCGCCGCGCACCCUGGCCACUGGCCCGGAGGUGUGGGGGCCCGUCCCCAUCUUCUGCGUCUCCUCGGGGCCUCCCGUGCUGCCCUGGCGGCCUCCGUGCCACCUGCCGGCGCUCCGCUCAUUCUCCUCCUCCAGCAGCCUCUCCUCUCUCGACGAAAGGGAGGCUGAGAAGCAGAGGCCCAGGAAGGGGCCGGGGUUCCACACCCUGGCCAAGCGCCCCAGGGUGCUCCAAGCCCCGGAGAGCAGUGACUCUGACUCCGAGGGCGGCACUCCAGCCCUGCCGGCCCUGCGCUGGGAGCAGCUGCCCACCUCCUACACCACGGGCGUGGCCCCCAACGUGGUCGCUCCGCCAAGCCACUCCCCGCCAUUCGCCACGGCCUUCCCGGGCCUGCCCUUCCAUAGACCCACGCCCUUUCCCAGUCCAGGGUACUGGGAACUGAUGGGAAGGCCCUUUCUGAGUCCCGUCCCUUCCACUCAGCUUUCGGUAGACCUGGAUCAAACCAUGCCUCCCAACAAGAGUGUGUUGGACGUCUGGAUGACUCACCCCACGGACAUUAUCCACCCAGCCUUGAGCAGCUUAGGGCCUUUACCCAGCAGUGCUGUAGUGACCCAUUAUGAAUCCUCGUGA